AUGCUGCGAGUAUCUCAACGGUAUUACGCUGCAUGGAAAUUCUCCAAGAGUCAUUCUCACAUUUUGAAGAUCUGUCGUAGCGACGAUUUUCAUGCAUAUUGUAAAUCUAACGGUCCUGAGCGAUCGAAUUUACACUACAAUGCAGACCAGGUCAAGGAAUUGACCUUGAUAUGUGAAAAUGCCCUUGAUUAUUUGGUGCAGAAAAAGCAUCCUGUGAAUCUUGCCGAUGAAUUGGAACCAGACAAUAUUCAAGAAAAACCGUCUAAUUCCACACCACAUAGUAUGGGCGCUGGCUCGUCGCAAUUUGACCAAUCUGACUUGGAAGAGCUUAACCUUCAAAAUGAUGCUUCCAUUGAUCAAAUGUGGUUGCAAAUGCUUCAGAUCAAGCAAGACGGCCUUUAUGGAGUCAGUCUUGACGUUCCUGAACCUGGUGAUCUUCCAUACGCUGACAACCUAAGUGGACCUUUCGGGUUAGUGUGA